AUGAAUGUGGGCAUGGCAGAAAGCUCAGCACCCAGAGGAGGUGUUGGGCUAUGGAGGCGGGGCUCCUCUGCUGUCCACAGAGCACAGCCUGGUUCUCCCAGCCCGAGUCUGGACACAGCAGCCUCCUCAGGUGUCCACAAUGCCCAUUCCUGCCUCCUGGCCCCACCCUCCUCCUUGCCUGCUGCUGACUCUACUGUUGAGACUCACAGGCCCAGAGCCACCUCCUCAGCUCCUGGUAGCUCUCCUCCUCGGCCACAAGGUGCUGCUGGCGAUCGGGGUCUUUGCCAUCUAUGUGCACAAGAUGAGGAGGGCCUGACUCUCCUUCCUUCCCCACCUGCUGCCUGCUGCCCUCCAUGCCUGCUGCCCCCUUCCUGCCCUGAGGGGCCCAGCCAAAGACAAGGAGCAGACAGAGGCCUCCACAGAUUCUCCUCCCAGUGCCACCCACCUGGAACCCUGCCUGCCCGCAGCUCGUGCUCCUUCUCAGAGACCCCAGUGUUCCCAGGGCUGGGGCCCCAUUCCCGCUCCUCUCAGAAACACACGCACACAGAAUCCGAAGUUACCAGCUCCUCAUUACCCCACCCUCAGGACUUCAGUGUGAUGGGCGGGGACAGUGAGGACAAGGAAGGGGCAGUGUUGCUACGCGUUCAGGCCCUUCACCCAUUGUCGUGGGCGUGGGAGCUGGGGGAGGGGAAAGCCAUGCUGUGCCCACAGCAGUAGCAUUGGGUACAGCAAGCUUGCCUCAAAAUUGCGGCUUUGAUUCAAUAAUAAAUAUGACUUUUUCCCUUCGCUUUGGUUGUCCUUUAGAGAUAUUAUGUAGCUGAGGUGCAGUAACAUCGGUGAGGUGAGAACUCCUGAGGGAUAUUUGAGCUGGGAGCUGGGAAACGGAGUCCUGUGUCCCUGGCGGCACCGUCUGGAGCAGAGUUCAUCCUGCUGAGCUGGCGUGGGGGUCAGGAUGCGUGUCGUCACCCAAAUGCCACACACACUCAGUUUUCUGUCCUACCUUUAGUAAAUUGUCUCCCAUCAAUGUUUUUUCAGUUACUAUAUACCUUGAGGACCAUUUCUAGAGAUUUUACAGAAUUUUUAAAAUAGACAUUCAAUAAAUAUGUGUUGAAUGAAUUAUUUCCUUUCCAUU